CAAUAUAAUCCACGUAAAAAGGUUGUUCUCCCGGUGUUUAUUUAUAAAUUAUCCGAUGUCAGCCACCAGGACCCAGGAAUAUGAUUGCACCACGAAGUGUAGGUACCGCCAGCAUGGAAAUACUAUCACCGCAGCACUGACAAAGCGCUCUAUUGACCACCAAAAGCUGGCGGCUUUUAUAUUUAAGACAUGCGGAAAUUUUGCCAAUAUUCUAGACGACCUGGGCCGCUCGGCGGUACACAUGUCCGCCUCCACUGCGCGCUAUGAGAUUCUGGAGUGGCUGCUCAACCACGGAGCCUAUAUUAAUGGCCAAGACUAUGAAUCGGGGAGUAGUCCUUUGCACAGAGCCCUGUAUUAUGGAUCCAUAGAUUGCGCUGUUCUACUGCUGAGAUACGGGGCCAGUUCGGAGCUGCUAGACGAAGACACCAGAUGUCCACUGCAGGCCAUUUGCCGGAAGUGCGAUGAUGAUGACUUUGUCACGGAAUCCCAGGACGAUGUCCUGGUUUGGGGUUCCAACAAGAACUAUAAUCUUGGUAUUGGCAACGAGCAGAAUACCAAUGCUCCACAGGCGGUGGACUUCUUCCGAAAGUCAAAUUUGUUUUUGGAGCAGGUGGCUCUGGGAGCCUACCACAGCCUGUUUUGCGACAAGAAGGGACACCUGUAUGCUGUUGGUCAUGGUAAAGGCGGACGGCUGGGCAUCGGAGUGGAGAACAGCCUGCCGGCGCCAAAGCGAGUGAAGGUUUCCUCAAAACUGGGUGACGACUCCAUACGGUGCAUCAGUGUCUCCCGUCAACACUCUUUGGUGCUCACGCACCGCUCGCUGGUUUUCGCCUGCGGCUUAAACACAGACCAUCAGCUGGGAGUGCGUGAUGCAGCCGAGCAUCUCACCCAGUUCAAGGAAGUGGUCGCCUUGCGUGACAAAGGUGCCAGUGAUCUGGUGCGCGUGAUUGCCUGCGAUCAGCACUCGAUCGCCUACAGCAACAGGUGUGUCUACGUCUGGGGGGCCAACCAGGGCCAGUUUGGCAUCAGUGCCAACACGCCGAAUAUUAUGGUGCCCACUUUGAUCAAGCUGCCUGCCAAGACGACCAUCCGUUUUGUGGAGGCCAACAAUGCAGCCACGGUAAUUUACAAUGAGGAAAAGAUGAUUACUCUCUACUAUGCAGACAAGAGUAGAUACAUCAAGACGCCCAACUACGAAGAUCUCAAAAGCGUGUCGGUCAUGGGUGGUAACCUAAAGAACUCCACCAAAGGUUCCGCCGCUGCUCUCAAGCUUCUGAUGCUCACUGAAACCAAUGUGGUGUAUCUCUGGUACGAGAACACCCAGCAGUUUUACAGAUGCAACUUUUCGCCCAUACGCCUGCCGCAGAUUAAGAAAAUCCUUUACAAAUGUAAUCAGGUGAUGGUCCUGUCCCAGGAUGGCUGUGUUUAUCGAGGGAAGUGCAAUCAGAUCGCUUUGCCCGCCUCAGCAAUGCAGGAAAAAUUCAAACCGAACUUGGACAUCUGGCAGAAUAAUGAUCAGAACAAAACAGAAAUCUCCCGGGAGCAUGUGAUCCGUAUUGAACUGCAGCGGGUCCCGAACAUUGAUCGCGCCAACGACAUAUUUUGCGAUGAGGGCUUCUCUUCCUUUGCCGUUCUGCAGGAGUCGCAUACCAAGUACUUCCGAAAGCCAACACUGCCACGCAGAGAGCACAGCUUUAAGAAGCUGCUACACGAGACAAGCGACUGUGAUGCUGUCCAUGACGUUGUCUUCCAUGUGGAUGGCGAGAAAUUCGCGGCUCACAAGUUUAUUAUCUACAGUCGGGCACCUGGACUCAGAGAGCUCAUUCGUUGCUAUGUGGAUAGGGAUAUUUACUUAAACAUGGAGCAUUUAACUGGAAAGAUGUUUGAGUUGGUGCUGAAGCACAUUUACACAAGCUACUGGCCAACCGAAGAUGAUAUCGACUGUAUUCAGCAAAGUCUUGGACCAGCAAAUCCCCAUAAACAAACUCUCACCUGCAAAAUGUUUCUUCCUCACCUUGAAAAGUUUCAACUAGUCGAACUGGCCAAGUAUGUGCAAAGCUAUAUCCGUGACCAUCAAUUUCCACUGCCAAAUGCACGUCAGCGAUUCAGUCGAUUGUACCGCUCAGAUUAUCCGGAGCUCUAUGAUGUUAGGAUUAUUUGCGAGGACGGAAAGGUCUUAGAGGCUCAUAAAUGUAUGUUGGUGUCACGACUGGAGUACUUUGAGAUGAUGUUCAUGCACUCGUGGGCGGAGCGGUCCUCUGUCACCAUGGAAGGCGUUACCGCGGAGUAUAUGGAACCGGUUCUAGACUAUCUUUACUCCCUGGACACAGAAGCAUUCUGCAAGCAGGGUUAUCUGGAAACCUUUCUCUACAAUAUGAUCACAAUAUGCGACCAGUAUUUCAUUGAAUCGCUGCAGAACGUGUGCGAAUCGCUCAUUCUUGACAAGAUCAGCAUACGAAAGUGUGGGGAGAUGCUUGAGUUUUCCGCCAUGUACAACUGUAAGCUUUUGCAGAAGGGCUGCAUGGACUUCAUUUGCCAGAAUCUUGCAAGAGUGCUUUGCUACCGCAGUAUUGAGCAGUGCGAUGGAGAGACUCUUAAGUGCCUGAAUGAGCACUAUCGUAACAUGUUUAAGAGGGUGUUUGACUACCGGCAAAUAACACCUUUCUCAGAGGCUAUAGAAGAUGAGCUUUUGCUCAGUUUCGUUGACGAUAUCGAUGUGGACCUGGAUUAUCGAAUGGAUGCGGAAUCAAAGCUUAAGCAGGCUGCAAAACACAAGCAGAAGGACUUGCGCAAGCAAGGAGCUCGUCACCAGUACGAACAGCAGGCAAUAUCCAGCAUGAUGAGGUCUCUGAGCAUCAGCGAGUCAGCUCCUGGGGCAGAAUUGCCCACUUCCCCCCAGGAAAGCGCUCGCAGUGAUGUUAAAAACUGGUCUCGAGUGGUGGAUAAGAAGGAUCAGAAGCGGAAACAGGCUGAAACUGCUUUGAAGGUGAACAACACAAUCAAGCUGGAAGAGGCACCCACUCCUGAACUGAUGCCGCUGGAGAAGAAGGCCCAAAAGGAGCAAACUCCUCCGCCUGUCUCUUUGGAACCGGAAUCAUCCACUCCAUUGAGCAAGAGCUACAACCUCGAUUUCAGUUCCUUGACGCCCCAGUCGCAAAAACUUUCGCAGAAGCAACGGAAGCGUCUCUCCUCCGAAUCGAAGAGUUGGCGGGCCAAUAACCCACCCCUAGUGGAGCAAUCCUCCGCUCCAGUGCCUGUGCCGAAUGCCUGGGGAGUCCCCACCACGCCAUCGAGUUCGUUUACUGACUCGUUUACAUCUCCGACGACUGGAAGCGGUUCGGACCCAACUUCGUUCGCCAAUAUGAUGAGGGGACAGGCAGUCGCCUCCACGACUGCAACGGAACAGAGCCAGAGCUUCUCGCGCAUUCUGGCGGACGAGAGAAGACAGAGAGAAUCCUACGAGCGCAUGCGGAACAAGUCUUUGGUUCACACGCAGAUCGAGGAGACAGCCAUUGCCGAGCUAAGGGAGUUCUACAACGUGGACAACAUUGAUGAUGAGACCAUCACCAUUGCCCGCAUGUCCAGGCCCAGUGACAUCAACUUCAGCACUUGGUUGAGGCACUAAAUUGCCAAUCAGGUUGCUAGUUCAGAGUGUUUGUCUUUUCGUUUUUGUUUUUAUUAAAGUGUCCGAAUUGAAAACGA